UAUAAACAAAUUCAAAAAUGAAAGACAAAUUAAAAACACAUGCCGAAGUUGUGUUUACUUGUGGAAUGUGUUUUUGGGCCAUUUUAGCCACAAACAUCGGAAUCUGCUCGUUGUCCUGCUCGCUGAUCUAUAAUCGACUUGUAUGGCUGGCUGUAGUUUUUGUGUCGCCUUUCUGCCUGAAGACGUCGAGGAAAUCCCGGAACCACAAGCAAAGUGUACCUUGGUGACUUUACAGCCAGUUUAGAGAUGGCCACCGCGCCAGAGUCUUCAUUUCAAAUGAGGUCGGCCGAUCUUAUAAAAAAGGAGCCGCUGGACUAUGGAGGAUUUGGAGACGUUUACCUGUGUUACCAUGCAACCCUCGGCCAGGUGGUGAUUAAGACCUUGUACACCGGCUCUCUUCGUAACGAGGAUAAUAAAAAGUCACUGCUGGCAGAGGGGAACAUCAUGGCAAGUCUGAACCACGAGCGAGUUGUCAAGUUGCUGGGCGUGAUCAUGGAGGACAGAGAUUGCUCACUAGUUAUGGAGCUCAUCCCCAGAGGCAACCUGCUGGCCAUGCUAGAAAAAGUCACUGUGCCACUGUCCAUCAAAGGCAGAAUCAUAUUAGAGAUUUUGGAAGGGAUGGUGUACCUCACAGAAAGACAUGUCAUUCACAAGGACAUCAAGCCAGAAAACAUUUUAGUAGACAAGGAUUUUCACAUUAAGAUUGCAGACCUGGGCCUGGCCACCUACCAGACAUGGACCAAACUCACGAAGGAGGAGUCUCGCAGGAAGAGUCGUUUGGGCCAGACUGCUGGGACAAGAGGUGCUGGCACACUGAGCUACAUGGCUCCUGAGCACCUGGAGAGUAUACAUACUGUAUCCACUGAGAAGUCUGAUGUCUACAGCUUUGCAAUCGUAGUUUGGGUCAUUCUCACACAGGAAGAGCCAUAUGCAAAUGCCAGGAGUGAGGACCAUAUCAUCCAGUGCGUUCGCAAGGGUGACCGACCAGCGGAACGCCUCAUUCCAGACAACACUCCCAAGGAAAUAAUUCAGUUUAUGAAGGAUUGCUGGGAUCACAAUCCAAAGCGACGACCAACAUUUACAGAGGGCUACGCCAUUUUCUUUCCCUUGUACAAGGAAAAGCUUGAACCACACAUAGAGGAGGAUUUACUUCAGCUGAAGAAAUCAUAUGAAGGCCCAGAUGAUCUUGUUGAUAAGAUGAAAUCGUUAUCAGUAACAAAUGAAUGUUUUUCAGCAGAUUGCCCCGCCCCAUUGUUGAGUUCAGACCGAAGUGUAUCAGUGCCAGUCGAAGCCAGUAUUGAGGACCUGCACGAGUACGAGCCAUCGGUGGAGCCCAUUCAGACAGAUGCACAGGUUCUCAUCCCCCCUCCAGCUGUGGAUGAGAAACUGCAACGGGAGCUUCAGUACCACAAAUGUGGUAGCUAUAACGCUAAUGCACCGCUUGACAUGGAUCGGUGCUACCAACACAACAACUCAAAUCCCUUCCUGCAAAACAACUACAGCACUUCAGAUCAACCUAUAGGGCAUCCAGAACAGGAUAGACUCCCUGUAUCCUCUGUCCAUUCCUGGACUAAAGCUGAACCAGUGCAGCCCUCCAGCCACGACGAGUGUUGGCAUCGCCCUUCUUCUGGUCUCUAUGAGUCCAUGAACUCUACUUCACCUACUCCAUCCCACUUGUCAAUGUCUGCCAGCUAUCCCUCACUAGACCAAUUGAACCAGAUACCUCCACAAUCCAACUUUGACUGCUACCCCUCUUGGCCCGGUUACCCGGUGUCUGAUACAUCUGCUCCUGACAUGACCUCUGGGCGUCUCUUGAGCCCUUCUAAGAACGGCAUGGCUCAAGAUACAGGAUCUGUUUUCAUUCAGCAUGCGAGAGGCAUCCAGAUUGGAAACCACAAUAUGAUGACUAUCAGAGGUUUAGAGCCCUUCCAGAGUGCAUCUGCAUCUGCAUCUGCAAACAGUUCUCUUAUCAAAGAGGGCAUUCAGAAAUAUGAGGACCAUGCAGUGACUGAGGAGCACCUGGAUCUGCUGAGGGACAACAUUGGAAUCAGCUGGAAGCGUUGUGCACGUCUCCUGGGUCUGACCAAUGUGGAAGUAGAGACCAUAGAACACGGCUACCAACGUGACGGCCUGCCAGAGAUGGUGCACCAGAUGCUGGAGCGCUGGAAAAUGAAGGAGGGAAGUAUUGGCUGUACAAUUGGGAAGCUUUAUCAAGCGCUGCAAGGAAACGUAAAGUUGGAUGUCUUCCAGAAAAUGGUGGACACCUGCGCUGCUUCUUCCCCGGUCUCAUAACUUUUUUUUCCCCCCAUCUUCUACCAAGAUUAUCUCUAUUUUUCUAAUUAUGGGAAAAACAAAAUCGUUGUUAAUUUCAUACUUUGCCGUGUAGAAAAAUAACCUUAAGCGUAUUAUUCCACUUCCAGCACCUGAUAAUGUUAAGGUUCAAUCACAGCAAGGAAAAUCUGUUUCUCAGAAAUCAUCAAUUGUGUUAUGGAAUAAACUUUGACUGUUGCUUUAAUACUUUACCCCUAGUGCUCAUGCAGCACAGAUCUGUGCCGCAGGUGCACCCAUGGUAAAUUGCCAUGGGAAUAAUACACAACUCCUUAAAUGGACAUCAUGGGAGUGUGUGUUUAUAGGUCACGUAUUCAGGCUUUAAAAAACUUUUUUUUUUCUUCGUCUCGUUAUGUGUUGCGGAGCCAAAGUCAUGAUUCAUUUGAUGUCACAUUUUUAGUAGUGAUAAAAUAGCAAUAGUUGUGCAGAAGUCACAAAACUCUUUUUGUUCAUAAAAACAAGCCAAGUGGAAUUUGUGAAUUUCACAAAUUCUAUCCAAUUUUAAACAUUUUGAGCACACUACUCAAGUGUGUUUAUAUGGUUGGUGAAAAUUAAUUUUUUUGUUAAUUUUGUGCUGGAAAAAGAUACAAGACACUUUAUGUUGGACAUUCUUAUAGCCUCUGUAUAUACUGUAUGUUUGAAUAUAGUUAUGGAAAAAAACAGCCAAAAUACUCUGUGGGCUAAUGCUACAUUCAGGGACAAUCAUGUGAUGUGUGGUUAACAUUGAGUCCAGCCAAAACAAACAGAACAAGUAAAACCAACAAGUCUGAUAGAAGCUGAAAAAGGUGCUGUUGUGAAUACAGUUUCCCCCAUAACAGUAAAACAAAUGUACAUUUUAUUUUAUUUCAGCCCCAUCUGAACGUGUCAGACCCUCAGACCUGCUUCCAGGUCAGAAACAUUGUGGCACUGACUCUCAUUUAUAACGUAGGCCACUCCCACUUCACACAUGUGCUGGCAGUCACAAUAAUUAGCCUCCACCUGUUGGGAGUGAGCAAUCAGUCAAGGAGAGUUUGACAUUUUAUCCAUAGAUAAAACAGAAAAUGCUAACACAAAAAGUAUUUAUAAUAGAUAGUACAGACAAGGUUUUGUUAUCAAGCAGACAUGUCUUAAAUACCUUUUUAACUUUACUAUAUGUCAAAAAAACACUUAAGGUCAAUGUUCAGUCCAUGUAGUGACAGAGUUUUUAAAUGGUGAAUCCAAAAGUGUUCACUCCUUAAAAGUAAAACCUCCACGGAUAUUCAGAUGUUUAUAUUCAACAAAGUGUACUGCGACUGGAUAGUUCAUAUUUACGCGCUUAUGCCUCUCUGUUCUGCAAUUUGUGUUUUUGAUGUUCUGUUUUUAUGGCAAAUAUAAAUAUUUUUCCACACUUUAAUUCAUGUUCUUUAAUAAAUCUGUAAUUUACAUUGGAUUAUGACCUCAGAUCGUCAGAUGGAUUAUCAGAGAACAUGAAUGAAUGUAAUGACAAACCAUUUUCAGCAAAGAGGAUUUUAAAUAAAACUGUUGUUACUUAAUACAGAAAUACAGAACAUAAGGUUCUGAAAAACAAAGCCACAACUAAAAAGUAACUAUGUGGUAAGUUAUAGGUGUGUAAAACAAGUGCAUUAAAAAAAAAACAUGAAUUGCAGAACACAGAAGCAUGUUUGGUACAAAAAUAUGAACUAUUUAACUACAACUUUGUUGAAUUUAACCAUCUGGUUUCUGGUUUUGUAUAAUUGGCAUAUUUAUCUCCUUUGUAUACAGAAGUAGUACAUUUAAAAGGUGUUUUAUGUCACGUAUACUGAUGUUAAAACCUUGUCUGUGCAUCUAUUAAAAAACGUUUUUUGCAUUGGUAAAUUCAGUUUCUUUGUAAAACAGUCAAACUCUCACUCCUGGCUGAUUGCUCACUCCAAACAGGUGGGGGCUAAUUAAUGCCAUUGCCAGCACAUGUGUCAAGUGGGAGUGGCCUACGUUAUAAAUGAGAAUCAGUGCCACAAUGGUUCUGACCUGGAAGGAGGUCUGAGGGGCUGAGAGAAAUGUUUUUUUUUACUGUUUUGGGGGAAAUUGUGUUCGCAGCAGCACAUUAGACCACUUUUUGUCACAGUGUUUCUGGUCUUCAAGGAGACCUGAAGGCUGAAAUGUCAUCUCAGUGAAAAGUGUGCGAGACUUAUAUCGAUUUUUAGUGUUGUUUGUUAGUCAUCAACACCACAAGAUGAUGUGUGUUACUGUUUUCACUAUAGGUAAAAUGAAGUAGCUGUAAGGAUAUUCUCACAUAAGAAGUUACUUGUUGGCCCUGAAUGGUACCAAGUAUUUUUGGAUUUCAUAUCUCAUUUUAUUUCUUGACAUGUCACUCACUAUAUAUAUACCGGUUUUUUUUCACUGAUCUUUAUGCAACACUCUUUAUAAUAUGUGCAGCAGCACAAAAAACCUCUAAAUAAAUUGUUAACAUGU